AUGGCGCUAUACAUUUCAACCUUCACCAAUUUAGCAGUUGCAAUUCCCUCCAAAAUUCCAAUCCAACCCAAACACUGUCUUCAGCUUCAUUUCCCAAAACCCAUCUCAAGAAAACACUUGUCAGUUCCUCACAGCGCAAUACAUCCUGAAAAAUACGUGUAUCCAGACCCAAUCCCUGAAUUUGCUGUUGCUGCUCACAUAACUACCGGGAGAAAUAGGAUUCGGAAUGAAGUGAUUCGGGAUAAGGUGGUUAUGGCCCCCAUGGUGGAUAAGAUGCGGGAAGGGAGGUUGAGGUGGUUCAGCCAUGUGCAGCGGAGAUGCGCUGAUGCGCCAGUGAAGAGGGGUCUUUUGGAAACAACAUCCCUACCUUCCAAGGAAGGGGGUAAGGUCUGCGUACAGUUUACCCUCUCCAGACCCCACAUUGUGGGAUUCAACUGGGAGACGCGGAAGUUCAGGGCCGAGCUGUUGAAGAAACUGUCCAAGGAAGAGGAGACUUUUGGAGAUGAGCUUGAUGAUGUUGUUAGUGUUUGUGCUGAGAUUUUUAAUGAAUUCUUGCACAAAGAAUAUGGAGGACCCGGGACAUUAUUAGUGGAGCCUUUUACUGAUAUGAUGGUAGCUGUCAAAGAGAGGAAACUUCCAGGAGCGGCAUCGGCUGCACGAGCAUCACUAUUAUGGGCUCAAAAUUAUGUUGAUCAAGAUUGGGAGACUUGGAACUCAAAACAACUGAAAUAAUCAAAAGGGUUAUUUUCCGGCUCACAUGGAUCCAUAGUCAUGGUUAAUCUUCAAAGUUAUCCAGUACCUGUGUUGGUAAAAGAUAACAGGUAUCCAGUGGAAUAGUCAAGGUGCGCGCAGUUACAAAAAAAAUAAAAAAUUGAUACUAGUCCAGCUUCGGCUCAUAAAAAACAUUGCUAGAAUUCUGGAGAAUAUGUAUUUCCAUUAUAGGAUGUUCUUUCUAUCAAGUGGAGUUAGUUCCAUUUCUAAUCUAUACAAAAGCAUUAUUGCUCAACAUCCCACAUGGACUAGAUUUUUGAAUGACAACCAUCAACUUCUGUGAGUUCCUUGUGCAUAUCUUCCAUGAUUUUAUAAGUCCUCAAUACCAGUGAUCGAGUUGCAACCUCGAUUAGCUAUUGGACUCGGAUAUACUCUGUAAAGUGGGACGCCAUGAUUUGGACCUUGCUGCAGCAGCUAAGUUUGCUGUACCAGGCCUUUGUCUAUGCCCUUCAUGUCUCAUACCCUGCAAAUGAUCAACUCUUUGUAAUUAGUAAACCAUACCAUCUUAUAUUAGUCAACUCAGGUUCUCAAAUUCCCUAUCAGUUAUUGAUAUCUUGGAAUUGUUUUUCAUCUAGUUUUAUAUCUCAUCCUUAAGUUUCUUUAAAUGAAUAGAGAAUUAUCUUGAAAGACAGAGAUAUAA